GAGAACUUAUUAAAACUGGUGAUAUCAUUCAAGAGCUUCAUUAUGGUUCAUAUUUACAAGACUGCCCUUUACAACCUGGGUACAUAUGUGAAGGAAGUGGACAAAGCAGUGGUUUAAAUCAGGAUAAAACAGCACAAAAAUUAUUAGAAAAUAUUACUUUUUAUCCUUUUAUUAUUAAAUUAGAAAAUAUUUUGAUUUUUGUUGGAUCACUUGGCAAAAUUUUAUAUUCAAACCCAAAUAAAGUUGGUUGUCAUUAUAUGGCAUCAUUAUUUUAUAAAUAUAAAGCAAAACAAUCAGUUUUUUCUCAAUGUAUUCGUGACAAUUUAUAUACAAUUACAAUUUAUCAAAAUAGCCAAAUUAUUGCAGAAUACAAUGAUAGUUUACCUAAUGCCAUUUGGCAACAAACUGCAUAUGAAAUAAAAUUUCUUCAUCAAACACCUAUACCUAAUCAAUACACAUAUGCAGAUUGGGAUAACAAAAUAAUUAUGGAAUACUUGUUUGAAUUAUAUUUAAACAAAGCAGUUAGUAAACCAAUUGAAAAAUAG